AUGGCACCUUUUUCCUUGUGUCAACUGUCAAACGCGAGCCGCAGAAUCUCCUUGAACCUUUUGCGUCAACAUCGAAACACGCUCGCGGUUUCGACACGACAACUACGCCCAAUUCGUCUCUCUCUACAGCAGCCCAGAUUUCUUCACACCAGCGACGACGCGAAGCCAGACCAAUCGAAUAGCGAUAAAAUCGCUAAGGACGAGAUAAAGAUUGAUGGUUCUCUCGAGACAAGCGACAAUGCGAAGGCAGAAGAAUCAACACAGAUCAAUAGCGAUAUUGCUGCCGAGGAGGGUAUAAAAGCCUACAGCUCUCUCGAGACCAGCGACGAAGCGAAGCCAAUCGUAGACCAGUCGGCCCAAAUCAGCAGCGAUACCGUUACCAAGAAUGAUAUUGGAGCUGAUAGCUCUAUCGAGACGAGCGAAGAUGCAGAGGCGGACCAAACAACCCAGAUCACUAGCGAUAUUGUUGCCGAGCAUGAUAUAAGCGUCAACAGUGCUUUGGAGGCGAGCGACGAAUCGAAGCCAAUUGAAGAGCAAUCGAUUCACAUCAACAGCGAUGGAGAUGCCAAGGAUGAUAUUGAAGCUGAUAGCUCUAUCGAGACGAGCAACGAUACAGAGACAAAACAAUCAACCCAGAUCAAUGGUGAGGUCGCUGUUGAUGUUGAGAUAAAAGUCGACAGUUCUCUUGAGACUAGCGACAAUAUAAACCUAAUCGAAGACCAAUCGACCCAGAUUAAUAGCGAUGUCGCUGCUGAGGAUGGUACCAGACCCGACAGUUCCCACGACACAAGUGAUGGUGUAGCGCCUAUCGAAAACGGCGCGACUCAAACAAACAACAAUGUUGCCAUCAAUGAUGGCACCACAGUUGAUGCUUCCCUUGAGACGAGCGUUAGUGCGACGCCCGCUGAAGCAGAGUCAAUUCAAAGCAACAGCGACAUCUCCACUGAUGCCGGUGCUGCAGCUGACAGUUCUGUCGAGACGAACGAUAAUCAUGUGCCUGUCGCAGACGACUCGGUUGAAAGCAACGACGAUACUCCUAGAGAGCAAGACAUCGGUGACAGUGAUGCCCCGACCAGGGACCUUCCUACCUUUUCCUCAGAUCCAAAAGAUGAGCCUAAAAUCAAGGGAAGGCCAUGGACCGAGGAGGAAUUGGCCCAGCUCGAGGAGUUCAUCAAACGACCAAUAAUCAGCCUGAAUUACAUCGCAAUUCGGAUGGACCGAAGUGUUCCCAGUGUCAUGUCCCAGCUCAGUCAGAUUGAAAGGCGUCGGGGAAUCAGCAUUUUGGACCGAACUCGUCCUGAGACUCCAUGGCAACAUCCAAUGGAUGCCACCCCAGAGCAAGUCGCAAUAUUCGAAGCGAAGCAAGAUGAGAUGCAACAACGUAUGGAACACAUCGUAGAAACACUCAUGACCUUGCCAAAGAGCGACCAGUGGGAAGAAAUUCUCAAGUUGAAAUCUGCCUCAGAAUGGGCAUCAGCGAUAUUGAAACUAAUACCACUGCGAACCUGGCACAUCUUGGCCGCCGACCGGCCGCCAGGUUACAAGCAAUACAUGACCAUUCCAUUCAUUGAUCGGUAUAAAACGAUUGGCGUGUUCGCCCGAACCUACCGGCGCACCGUAUACAUAGGCUUAGCUGAGCAACCAUUUGGCAUGAUGGUGCCGCAUGAUUCCAAGAAUCCCGAGCAACAAGACCCAACAAAGAAGAAGCCCCACAGAGUAAACAAGAACGAUUCCAAGGGGUCGGUCGUCCCGUUGAUCCCAGUGUCUUUAUUAGACUCUAAGAGGUUAACUUACAAGGAAAAGGUUGAGCAGAAGUAUGUACUUGGACUUGCAAGGGCAGCGCUCACCGCAUGGCUUGGGGCACUUCACAGAAACGGUCCUCUUGAAUUCCGCCAACUGUACGCAUGGAAGGAUAUAGAUUGGAGUGGCCCUAUUGGUAUGGGUCCUUGUAACCCCCUCGAGUACAGAAUCCGUCUUCCGUUGACGCCAGCGGAAAGUGCUGCCAGAAAGGCUAGUAAAGAGGCAGCAUGGAAACGGGAGGCAGAGGAGGCAAGGAGGUCAGAGGAGUCAUGGGGGUCAGAGGAGCCAUGGGAGUCAGGGAGACCAAACGCCUUUGAGAAGUGGGCUACUGAUGCUGCAAAAAAACCUAAGGAUCCAUAUAGGGGUCAUCUGUAG